CCCAGCUCAGCUACCACCAUGUCUCUGACCAAGGCAGAGAGGACCAUCAUCCUGUCCAUGUGGGACAAGAUCUCCACUCAGGCGGAUGCCAUUGGCACUGAGGCCCUGGAGAGGCUCUUCACCAGCUACCCGCAGACCAAGACCUACUUCCCGCACUUCGACCUGCGCCCCGGCUCCGUGCACCUGCGCGUGCACGGUGCCAAGGUGGUGGCCGCCCUGGGCGAUGCGGUCAAGAGCAUCGACAACGUCGCGGGCGCCCUGACCAAGCUGAGCGAGCUGCACGCCUACAUUCUGCGCGUGGACCCCGUCAACUUCAAGCUCCUGUCCCACUGUCUGCUGGUCACCGUGGCCUCGCACUUCCCCGCCGACUUCACGGCCGACGCCCACACCGCCUGGGACAAGUUUCUGUCCAUCGUGUCCUGCGUCCUGACCGAGAAGUACCGCUGA